GUGUAUAGUUUUCAGAAUAAUAUACUACUCCAAGUUGUUCAACAGCUUCAUCUUAGCUUGUAUAUAAAAACCAGUGCCACCCAGCCAUGCCCAAGAGCCAAGGGGCAGCAGGCCAGCGAGCAAGCUCUCACUCCUCAGAGCGAGCAACCAAAUCAGCUGCAGAGCCUAGCAACUCCAGGUGCGGGCAAGGAAGCCAGCAUGGGCAACAGCCUGCGGUGCUGCCUGGCCUGCGUGCUCCCCUGCGGCUCCUUCGACGUGAUCAGGAUCGUCCACCUCAGCGGCCGCAUCGAGGAGUACACCCGCCCGGUCACCGCCGGCAAGGUCAUCGCCGCGCACCCCAACCAUGUCCUCAGCAGGCCGUGCUCCCAGGGCGGGGCGCGGCGGAUCCUGAUAGUCGCGCCGGACUCGGAGCUCAAGCGAGGGUGCUUUUAUUUCCUGGUGCCGGCAUCGUCGGUGCCGGAGAAGAAGAGGAAGCCGCCGCAGUCGCAGCCGCAGCAGAAGAAGGCACGGCCGCAGAAGACCGCGCCGAGCGCUGCUGUUGCUAAGGAGGCGAAGAAGGACGAUGGUGACAGGUACCUGGCGGAGGUGCUGUCGGAGGGCAAGGCCAGCCUGAAGCGCCGCCGGAGCGGCCGUUCCACGGUGUGGCGGCCACACCUUCAGAGCAUCCUGGAAGAGGAUGCGAAUGAUUCUUGAUGAGACCUCAAAUCUCACUCUUUCAGCCCACGUAGCUGUUUCCUCCUCAUCUCGUGUAAAUAGUCAUGGUGGUUCCGUGGUUGAGUUUUAGGUGAGAGGCAACCCCCAUUUUGCCUCUCUGAUUUUGCUCCUUCUGCUAGAUUUUUCGCUCUCAUCGGCCCGGUUAAAUUUUUGAAGUCGGUGAGAGUUAACAAAUAGGUCGUGAAGGAGAAACAAGGAUCAAUAUUUGAAACUCUCGAUGCAAGCUUACUGAAAUGGAAUCUGUGAUUUG